AGGGGAUGGACUUCAAUUUCAAAAAUGUAAACAUGCUUCCCGGAAGAGGGAGAGAUCUUCUAAAGCAAGCUCUGUAGAAUUCACAGAAGUUGAGGGGGUAACUGGAAGGCUGGAAGAGCAGAAGCUUGCCAAAUUACCUGUUACUGUCAAAACAUUCACGGAAGGAAGAAAUCUCUUGUUCACUUUUCCAGGCAAGCAUGGCGCACGUUUGCGUGAGUUCCAGAGGGAUGGUCAUCAAGAAACUGACCAGGAAUCUGGAACGAAAGAUACUGAGGGGUGUCAUUCGAUCUUGAGCACGCAUGAUUUUUCAAAGUUGAAGCCAUCACGUCAAUUCAGGUUUUCAUGGACUGAAGAGGCUGAUAGGCAAUUGGUUAUUCAAUAUGCAAGAUGUUGCGCAACGCUUGGGGCGAAAUAUCAUCAUCAGAUAAGUUGGGCUUCACUUCCUGACCUUCCAGCACCUCCUAGUACCUGCAAAAGAAGAAUGACAUAUCUGAAGAACAGUAAUGGAAAAUUUAGAAAAUCUCUGAUGAAGCUCUGUAACAUGUUCAGUGAAAGAUAUGCAAAGCUCUUGCUAAAAACCCAGAACAGGUCAUUUAACAUAUCUGGUUACAGACAACUUUCCCAAGGUUCAGUAGAGGAAGGUUAUAACAAGAAUUGUUCCAACAUCAGCGACCGUAAUCAAAGGACAGGUUUUCGGGAAAAACCAUGGGAUGAUUUUGAUGAUAAAAAUAUUAGAAAAACACUUGAUGAGAUACUUCACCACAGGAUGACUAAAUUGGAUACCACCAAAAGAGAUGGAUCUACGUGUGAGGCAGGGUCAGAGCAUAUUACAAAUUCUGAAGAACAUGACCUGCAGGGAUCUGAAUUGAUUGCAUCAUCACUUCCGUGCGAUGAUAUUCAGAAUGAUAGUAGAGGAAUUUCUGCACAACGAUGCGUUCAACACCUUCAUCAGAAUUUCUUUAAACUUUUGCAUGAAGGAGUUGUUAGUGCACCGGUCUACAAAUCUUUGGCUGUAGAGCUAUUUAAACAUGUCUUCUUGACUACCAUAACAGCACAAGGAGAGAAAAAUCUGCCUGCAGAAAUCCAACAGCAUUACUCAGAGCGUGAUCUUUUAGCAGCUCUUGACUACCUAAGAGAUAACAAAAUUGUGGUUGGGGGUACUGACAGUCAACCUCUAUCCCUCUCUCCUCGGUUUUUCUCUAACAUUUUUAGGUCUCCGUUUCCUACUGAUUCUGGAAAGAGAGCUGCCAAAUUUGCUCGUUGGCUCCACGAAAGAGAGAAAGAUCUUACAGAAGGGGGGAUUCAUCUGUCUACAGAUUUAAAAUGUGGGGACUUUUUUCAUUUGUUUGCUCUAGUUUCUUCAGGCCAACUGUCGAUUUCACCACACAUUCCAGAUGGAGUGGGAGAGGCUGAAGAUUUGAGAAGCUCAAAAAUCAAAACUAGAAGCGAUGAAUCUUUGAACGCUAAAAGACUAAAAUACUCGAGCGACAAUCUUUCCCGCCGAGAAAAAGGUUUCCCAGGAAUCAUGGUGUCUGUAUAUCGGACAUCUGCUACAUCGAAGUCUGUAAAUCUGUUGAAAGAUGACGGUGCUUCUAGUGGCAAAAAACACAUCGGUGGAAAUAAGCAGGUAGAACAAACUGAUAGUUUGCCUGAAAGUUUUAUGGAAGACAAAAUAUGUGUGCCAACACUGCCGUGGAUGAAUGGUGAACAGAAAAUUAACAAGAUUUUCGACAAGGGACUCAGACGGCGCCUUCUUGGGAUUGUGAUGCAAAAUCCAGGGAUGUUAGAGGAUGAAAUUAUCCGGAAGAUGGAUGUACUGAAUCCGCAGAGUUGUCGAAAAUUGUUGGAGUUGAUGGUUCUGGACAAGCAUCUUCAUGUGCGGAAGUUGCAUCAAACUGUUUACAGCGGUCCCCCGCCAAUUCUAAGGACCCUCAUCGGAAGCAGCUCCGCCCUGCCAAAAGACGUGGUUCGUGAGCAUUUCUUUGCAAAUUCCAUGAGUGCGUGUAUGCUGUAGGGAUGUUUUAGCUUCGUCUGGCAUGAAAUUAGAAGUAUAGCAGAGCUGUACAGAAUACUUGUUUCUUGCAGUAGGAUAUCGAGAAUUUUUAGCCGUU